AUGGACGACUCGCAGACAGCUUUCGUCGCACAAUACCCUGGUUACGGUUUCGAUUUCGAGAUGAUGAAGAGGUCCAUGGACGCUGUAGGUGGUCCUGAUGCAAAAAAGGCUCGCUGGUCUCCGACUUCAUUCGGCGCGUCCAACGGAGCGGGCGGCCUCCCUCCAACUGCAAACCGCGAGGCGUUUGCAAACUACGGCUACGGUCCUGGUGCGAGCAUGGUCCAGUCUGGGUUCAACAACUCUCCCCCGUCUACUGGAUUCGGUGGCAAUGCGCUCUACUCGACGCCGCAACUGACCAUCAACACAGCAACGGGUACCAAUGGGGUGCAGUCGCAAAUGAGCCCAAACACCGCUGGCCCGUUCACGCCACAGCAACAGCAGCCGCCACAGUCGGCCAACGGGAACAAUCUGAAUGCUAACGGUGCUUACGGUGGAUUCAACGGCUACAACAUGCUUGGAAUGGGCCUUCCAGCGAUGGGGAUGGGGAUGCUUGGUGGCUUCCCGUACAACGCGCAAAUGGCGAAUUUCGCGCAGAACUUGGGCCAACCUCGACUGCCAUCACUGCAAAUUCCGAUGGGGGCGCAGGCAGGACCAUACUCGCCUGCUGCCCUGACUGCAGCGCUCUCUGCACAAAACAAUGCAACGGGUCGGACAGUGUAUGUUGGCAAUGUGCCCCCAACAGCAUCGGUUGACGAGUUGCUGAACCUGGUGCACUUUGGGCCACUCGAGUCCAUUCGAGUGCUGCCCGAGAAGUCAUGUGUGUUUUUGUCGUUCCUGGAUGGCGCUACAGCUGCAGCGUUCCACGCGGAUGCGCUGAUCAAGAAGCUAUCGCUGCAUGGCCAAGAACUGAAGAUCGGCUGGGGUAAACCCUCCGCAGUACCCAGCCAGGUGGCGCUCGCCAUCCAGCAGAGCAACGCUAGCAGGAACGUGUACUUGGGUGGACUCGACGAGACCGUCACCGAGGAACAGCUUCGCGACGACUUGAGCCGCUUUGGCCUGAUCGACCAAGUCAAGAUCGUACGCGAUAAGAACAUCGGCUUCGUGCAUUUCCUUUCCAUUUCUGUCGCCACCAAGGUAGUCAAUACCCUUCCGACUGAGCCCGCAUGGGCGGGCAAGCGCGUCAAUUACGGCAAGGACCGAUGUGCCUAUAUCCCCAAGUCCCAACAAGCCGCCGCUCAGGCUGCUCAGGCUGCUGCUGCUCAGUCACUGGUCGCUCAGUCCGCUGCUGCUUCUUUGUCGCCUCUCAAUACCAAUGGUCCGAGCUUUGCUUCCCCGAUGACUCCUUAUAUGCCGUUUGCGCAAGACGCACUCACAAGCAUGGCUGGUGGUCAAGGCCUCAACCGCACCGUAUACCUCGGUAACAUCCAUCCGGAAACCACUGCUGAAGAUCUCUGCAAUGCCAUUCGUGGUGGUGUUCUGCAGAGCUUGCGGUACAUGCAAGACAAGCAUAUCGCCUUCGUGACGUUUAUUGACCCUGCGGCUGCGCUGACAUUCUUCCAAGUGGCCUCGUACCAGGGCUUGACUCUGAACAACCGUCGACUGAAGGUUGGCUGGGGCAAGAACUCUGGCCCUUUGCAACCGGCGCUCGCUCUGGCUGUGCACUCAGGAGCCACGCGGAAUGUUUAUAUUGGCAACAUCGAGGACUUUGAUACCUUCAACGAGGAGAAACUGAAGAGGGACUUCUGUGAGUUCGGUGAGAUCGAAUUGGUUAAUUUCUUGAAAGAGAAGAACUGCGCGUUUGUCAAUUUCACCAACAUUUCUAACGCCAUCAAGGCGAUUGAAGGGGUUAAGAACAAGCCGGACUAUGCCAAUUUGCGAAUUGCCCACGGCAAGGACCGUUGCGCCAACCCGCCGCGAUCUGGUCCCCAAGGUGGCUCAGGUCCUCGUCGUUCUGCCAGUGGUAACGGACCUCUUUCGUCGGGACCUGUAAGCGCGGUGGAGCCGCAUAUGGAGGAUGAUCAGAUGGAGACGGAAGGUCAAGAUGUGAAGGAGGAGCCUAUUGACCUGAUCAUUACACCUGCGGAAACUAAGGAAGGUGUGGCGCUCACAAACUAG